CGUUUGCUGUAGUUGAGAGAACAUAAACCCACCACUCUGUUAUAACCGAGUUUUAUGUAAAGGGAGUCACAAGAGAGAGAACGAUCGACGAUUCUUUUAUGGGCAUCGAACAGAAGCAGUCAUCCCAGCCGCUGGUCGCGUUUAAUAAUCUAAUAUAAUAAAUUAAAAUUGAUACCAUUGUCAGCAUUGAAGAUUGUAAAGUGAAAAAACUGAAUUCGAAGUAAUUGUAGAUAAUAAAUAGACCAUCCAUGAAGUGCACCUUUUAGAGUUAUAAUUUUCAAAUUGGUGGAAAAACCCCAGAGCAUCUUUGCUCAUCUUUGACAAUAUAAAUUGUCACAACAUUUUGGUGGCCCAUGAGGGGACCCAUCCAAUCACGCCUUCUGGAAUAAUUAUCUACUAAUCUGUUUUCGAAUUAAUUAAUCAGUUUGGAUCUAAACUUUGUGAAAUCUGGCACAUGGUUAUAAAUUUUCCAUUCGCAACUACAUAUAACCAGCAAACGGCAGCACAUGUAUAAGUGCUGUUACACUAUCGUCCCAUACGCUUUACCCUCCAACUGCGCUGCCCUGCCGAUCCAUCGCUUUGCCGAAGUCAACGUGGGUUAAUUUAGAUGCUGGAGAGAAGCUGUUUCGCUGCCGAAAUCUAUCACGUCGCAUCCCCCACACCUUUUCGUCAAACCUGGAGCGACUUCACUUGGACUUCCAGACUUUUCGUUCAAUUUCGUUACGUCACAACUUGAAAGGGUGUAUAAGAGUAAUACAAUCAAAGCUGAAACAUGGCAGCAGAUAAAGACCAGGAGCAGGGGCAGGCAUCCAGCGAUGCCAGCCUAUCAAACCUACAUAUACUUCAAGCUGAUAUUUUUGAACGUGUUAAACAACUUUAUCAAAAUUUUAAAAAGGAUAGUCAGUCAAGAAAAACUAAAAUCUAUUUUCAAACUCGUAUAAAUAAACUUGAAAAUUUCUCAAAGGAAUUCGACACCAAUCAUCAAACUCUUUUAUUGAACGGUUGCUCACCUGAACAUGAAUAUUUUACCUCUCAACUAGCAGCAAGGUUUGAAGAGUCUUACUUAACAUAUUAUUGCGAGAUUGGAGACGCCUUCGAGACCCGGUUUCCAACAGUUCCCAGCGACGCUACUCCUAGCCAUUCUAAUUCAACGAUGCACAACACCACCAUGCUACAAGCGCCUGGCUCUACAGUUCAACUACCAAAAUUACCAGUACCUAGUUAUUCUGGCAAGCUGACUGAAUGGCCAGCCUUUCAUGAUGUCUUUCAACAACUUAUUCACGAUAAUGGUGCACUUUCCAGCAUACAAAAAUUCCACUUUCUGAAGCAAGCACUCCCAGCGGACCGAGAUCAAGACGUGCAUCAAAUGGACUUGACUGAAGCGAAUUAUCUCGUCGCCUGGAGUCUCAUUGUUACGCGUUAUAAUAAUCCCCGAUUGUUAUUCAUGCAUCAUAUGAAUACCCUAUAUGAGUUGCCAUCAAUUUCCAAAGAAAGUUCAGCCGAACUAAAACAUAUGUUAAACGUUGCCAACGUUUGCAUCAAUGAGUUCAAACGCCUCAACAUUGCAAUUGCCAAUUGCGAUCAUUGGAUUGUGCAUCAUCUCACCACUAAGCUGCCAUCGCAAACUAUCCAAGCCUGGGAACACAGUCUUGGGAGUACAAAGGAAAUCCCAACCUUUUUCACUUUGGAAUCAUUUCUCAACAACCGACUUUUUAGCAUCGAUAUAAUUGAAGGUCGCAAGGUUCCACCUCCACCACGGCAACCACAAGGAGUCAACGGCUUCCAACGAAACGUCAUCAAACAUUCAGGCAACGCACAAACCAGGAUCAGUAGCUGCCAUACUUCAGGGGUUACUACCAACUCUGUUCGCUGCGCUCAUUGCAAUGACCAACACAUCUUACGUCGUUGUCCAGACUUUUUAGCAAAGGAUUCUUUCGCUCGCAAACUUAUUGUUGACCGCAGUAAGGUAUGUCUCAAUUGCCUCAGCCCCACCCAUUCUCUGUCAAAAUGUAACAGCAGCAAAAACUGUUUACAAUGUGGACAACGCCAUCACACUCUCUUACAUUUCCCAACCCAGGUAAAGGCUAGUGAUGUCGCGCAGUCUGCAGGAAACAUAACUAGUCUCAACUCACAGGGUCUGACAGCAUCUAGCAACACCACACAGCUCAUCAGCGCGUCAGCCUCACAUUCAACACCUCAUACGAUGAUUCUCGCAACUGCUCUGGUUCGUCUUCAUAGUAAUGCCACAGGUCAGUCAGCGGUGGUCCGAGCCCUUAUCGAUCAUGGAUCAGAAGGUACCCUUGUUACGGAAACUGUAGUCCAAGCGCUAGGGCUUCCCCGAUUUCCAGUCUCAGCAGAAAUAUCAGGGGUAGGAGGGAAUUCCACCAACAGGUGCAAAUAUCGCACCGAAUGUACUUUAAGCUCAACUACUAAUUCAGGAUUCAAGAUGUGGGUGGAAAAUGCCUUCGUUUUGCGUACCCUGACUUCUCCUUUACCAAGGACGAAUCUAACUCUACCAACGUGUCCACAUUUAACUGGGUUGGAGCUCGCCGACCCAAAUUUUAUGCACACUAAUAGCAUAGAUGUGCUCCUCGGCGUGGACACCAUUCCACAAUUUAUGAUGAGUGGAAUCAGGAGAGGAUCUUACGAUCAACCAAUUGCCCAAUGCACGCAACUUGGUUGGAUCAUUUUUGGCAGAAUUACGCCAAAACAGACACACACGAUAUCCAUACAAUGUCAUCAUUCUAAUCUGGAAACUCUAGUUCAAAAAUUCUUCGAAUUGGAAGCAGUAAGUACAACCCGUCUCUACACUGCGGAAGAACAAUGGUGCGAAGACCACUUUAAACGCACUCAUAUACGCCAACCAAAUGGAAAGUACAUGGUGCGCCUACCAUUUAAAACCUUAUUUGAUCCUAACCAAACCAUAGGAAAAUCAAAACAAACUGCCCUAAAUCGGUUUCAUUUUUUACAGCGAAAAUUCCAAAAGAAACCAGAUCUGUAUGAACAAUACUCAAAGGUCAUGGAGGAAUACUUCGAGCUGCACCAAAUAACUGAAGCCAUCACCUCAGAAGAACAGCAUCGCCUGGCGGACAAAGGAGGCUCAAUCAGUUAUACUGCAUGCACAUUACCCCAUCAUGCAGUUCUGAAGGCGGACAGCAGCACCACAAAACUUCGAGUUGUGUACGACGCCUCAUGCAAGACAUCAAAUGGAAAAUCGCUCAACGACAUUCUCUGUAUAGGCCCAGCCUUACAAAACGACCUUGGUGGGGUCAUUCUCAAUUGGCGAUUUUUACAAUAUGUCUUUGCGGCCGAUAUUCAGAAAAUGUAUCGUUGCAUCGAUGUACACCCGGAGGAUACACACUUCCAACGGAUUAUUUGGCAAAGGGAAAACAAUGCUAUAAAGGAUUAUUGUUUAACAACUGUGACGUUUGGAACAGCAUCAGCCCCGUACACAGCCAUUCGCAUCAUGCAUCAGAUCGCUCAGGAUGAACGAGAUCAAUUUCCAUUAGCAGAACAUGUUUUACGAAAAGAAAUAUAUGUGGAUGAUUUGCAAAGUGGACAUGAGACAAUUAAGGGAGCCCUUCAAGUUCGAGAUGAUGUCAUCGGGGCACUUCAAUCAGCUGGUAUGGAGCUUCGAAAAUGGGCAGCAAAUCAUCCCAGUCUUUUGAACUCUAUUCCUCCUGAGCACAUGUCCAAUUCCAAAAUUUUGGAAAUCGAAAACCAAGAGUCCAUUAAAACUUUGGGGCUAUAUUGGCACCCCAAGGAAGACUUUUAUGGUUUCAAAUUAAAAUUUACAAUUGAUGAAAUUUUCACUAAACGAUCAAUUCUUGCUACAGUUGCACGUCUGUACGAUCCUUUAGGUUUCGUUGCUCCAGUCAUAAUCAUCGCCAAGGUUAUUCUCAAAGAAGUCUGGAGCAUACGUAUUCAACAGGCUGAUGGCACUCCAGCAGGAUUAGCUUGGGACGCAACGGUACCGCCAGUAAUUCAGCACAAGUGGAAAGAAUACUGCACCAAUUUACUUAAAAUUGAAUCACUGAGAAUACCCCGAUGGUUACAGUAUUUACCCAGCACCAUCGCAUCCUUGCAGCUGCAUAUCUUUUGUGAUGGCUCUUCUAUGGCAUACGCAGCGUGUGCCUAUGUGCGGGUCCAACAUACAAAUAACUCGGUAUACACGCAUCUCAUAGCUGCAAAGAGUCGAGUCACACCCACAAAGCCGUUGACAAUUCCUAGAGUGGAACUAUGUGGAGCUGUACUCGCCGCACAACUGGGUGACUGGCUCUGCAAGCAAAUAGAUCAACCAACGCAUCCCAUUUCGACCUAUUUCUGGAGCGACGCAACGAUCGUUCUUUAUUGGAUUGCGGGGGAUCCCUUACAUUGGAAAACAUUCGUAGCGAAUCGUGUAGGACGAAUUUUGGAGUCCAGUUCUGCAUCUCAAUGGAGACAUGUGCCCACCGGAGAUAACCCUGCAGACUGCGCGACGCGUGGUCUCUAUCCAGAUCAAUUAGCUGCCUAUGAUUUAUGGUGGCAGGGGCCUUCUUGGCUACGACUACCAGAAUCUCAAUGGCCUAGCAAAAUCUUUGACAUUCCUGAUAGCACCAAUCUCUCGUGUGAGCAAAAAUCGCUUUCUCUACAAACCCACAGCUGCGUUGAGAGAAAUCCAAACUCUUUACUCACGUCGUUUUCAUCUUACAACAAACUUCUGUUUAUAAUGGCUUACGUACGACGCUUUAUUCACAAUUCACAAACGCGCGUGGACUCUCGACAGAGAGGUCCAGUUACCGCCCAGGAGUUUCAGCAGGCACUAGGGCACAUUGUCCGACUAGUGCAACAUGAAACGUUUAAGGUGGAGAUUCAAAAAAUAAAGACAAAAACACAUUUAUCUAGAUCGAACAAAUUAAGUCAACUUUCCCCAUUUCUAGAUAACGAAGGAGUGCUGCGUGUCCGAGGGAGAUUGAAAAAUGCAUUGCACCUAUCGCCGCAUCAACGCACACCGAUCAUUUUGCCAAAGGAUCAUCAUUUUACCGAACUUGUCAUUCGUAAUGCUCAUCUCAACACAUUACAUGGCGGGAUAUCACUUACACUGGCAGUGACAAGGCAAACGUUUUGGAUUCUUAAUGGGAAACAGGCAGUUAAAAAGAUUCUGCACAAAUGUGUUGACUGCUUCAAGCACAGACCGAAGGCAGUCACGCAGCUCAUGGGAGACCUUCCCUUACAUCGAGUGAACCCACCAAAGCGAGCCUUUGAAGCCACAGGCGUGGACUAUACCGGUGCGCUAGAAAUCAAAGCGUCAAAGUUUCGUGGACACCACAAAUACAAGGCAUAUAUUGCAGUUUUUAUAUGCUUGGCGACAAAGGCAGUCCACUUGGAAGCUGUUACCGGAUUGUCUUCUCAGGAUUUUUUGUGGGCUCUACAACGUUUUAUUGGCAGACGUGGAUACUGCCAACACAUCUACAGCGAUUGCGGUACCAAUUUCAUUGGAGCAGAUAAAUCCCUAAACCUUUGGCAUGAAGAGUUUCGACAAAGCGUUAUCGCAACGGUUAUUCCAAAAUUAACCGCUCAGCAGAUUCAAUGGCAUUUCAAUCCGCCACACAGCCCAAACUUCGGUGGAUUAUGGGAGGCGAAUGUUAAAGCGGUUAAGACACACUUACAUCGCACGUGUAAAGGGGCGCUCAUGACCUACGAACAACUCUCAACUAUUUUGGUUCAAAUCGAAGCCUGUUUGAACUCUCGCCCACUUUGCCCGUUGAGCUCGGAUAUGGAGGAUUUAGCAGUACUGACACCGGCCCAUUUCUUAAUUGGCGAUUCCAUGAUGGCGCUACCUAAUCCAUCAGCUUCGGAUAAAUCGUUAAACGCACAAUUCUUGGAAGGACAAAGACUGCUUCGAACCUUUUGGCAUCGUUGGAGCUCGGAUUGGCUUUCACACUUACAAUCUCGUCCAAAAUGGCAGCGGGUUGAGGAAAACUUGCGUUUACACGACAUAGUUAUUAUUAAAGAUGAUCGGCUUCCGCCAAAUGAAUGGAAGCUCGGUCGCAUAGUCGAAUUACAUCCAGGAUCUGAUAAUCUCAUUCGAGUCGCAUCUAUUAAGACGGCAUCCGGAAUUUAUAAACGCUCUUUGUCGAAAAUCUGUCCAUUGCCAUUAGCUACUUAUUCAGAGGCUACGGAAUAAACAUUAAUUACGUACAUACUUUGUCCACCUCUACAUAUCGUAAUGACACUUAUUUCUUUACAGCAAAGUGCAGAAAUUUGGUUUAAAUACUGGACUCAGUAUUUGGGGGCGGCAUGUUCGGACGUUUGCUGUAGUUGAGAGAACAUAAACCCACCACUCUGUUAUAACCGAGUUUUAUGUAAAGGGAGUCACAAGAGAGAGAACGAUCGACGAUUCUUUUAUGGGCAUCGAACAGAAGCAGUCAUCCCAGCCGCUGGUCGCGUUUAAUAAUCUAAUAUAAUAAAUUAAAAUUGAUACCAUUGUCAGCAUUGAAGAUUGUAAAGUGAAAAAACUGAAUUCGAAGUAAUUGUAGAUAAUAAAUAGACCAUCCAUGAAGUGCACCUUUUAGAGUUAUAAUUUUCAAAUUGGUGGAAAAACCCCAGAGCAUCUUUGCUCAUCUUUGACAAUAUAAAU